CGCCGGGGAGGGGGGGCGUCGGCUCUGACGUCACGGAGGCGUUGGCUCUGACGUCAUGCGGGAGGUGGCCCUGACGUCACGGGGCGGGCGCCACAAUGGCGGCGGCGGCGGGAGCUUGGCUGAGGGGCUGCGCCAAGCUGAGAAGACACAUGCCAGCACGCCUGGCUCCUUGGAGGGUUUCUGCCUGUGCUUUUAGCUCCUCCAAAUCAGAGCCCAAGCCAAACGUAGCCGGUGAUGGACUUGCCUGUGCUCCACUUCAAAUGUUCACUGAAGAGGAGGCCAUGCUGAAAGACAUGGUGACCAAAUUUGCCCAGGAGCGAGUUGCACCUUUCGUGCAAAAAAUGGACGAGAAUGCAAAAAUGGAAGACUCCAUCGUGCAGGGAUUGUUUGAACAAGGGCUGAUGAGUAUUGAGCUUGGGGAAGAAUAUGGAGGAACUGGAGCUUCCUUUUUUUCAAUCAUAUUGGCAGUGGAAGAAUUGGCCAAAGUUGAUCCAGCUGUGGCUCUUGUGUGUGAACUCCAAAACACUCUAACCAAUAAAUUGUUUACCACCUAUGGAACAGAAGAACAAAAGAGAACUUACCUGCCCAAGGUGUCCAAAGAUACAUUAGGGAGUUUCUGUCUUUCCGAGGCUGGGUCUGGCAGUGAUGCUUUUUCCUUGAAGACUCGAGCUGAAAAGAAGGGAGAUUACUACAUCAUCAAUGGCUCAAAGAUGUGGAUCAGCUUAGCAGAGGAUGCAGGAGUUUUCUUUGUCAUGGCAAAUACAGAUCCAUCCUCAGGCUACAGAGGAAUUACAUGCUUCGUAGUGGAUCGCAACACAGAGGGGCUUCACGUGGGGAAAAAGGAGGACAAGCUGGGCAUCAGAGCGUGCUCCACCUGCCCAGUCACCUUGGACAACGUGAAGGUUCCUGAGAGCAGUAUCCUGGGCCAAGUUGGACAAGGCUAUAAGUAUGCCAUUGGAAUGCUCAAUACUGGCAGGAUAGGGAUUGCUGCACAGAUGCUAGGACUGGCCCAGGGGUGUUUUGACCGUACAGUUCCCUACACAAAGGAGAGAGUCCAGUUUGGGAAAAGCGUGUUUGAUUUCCAGGGCAUGCAGCACCAGAUUGCCCAGGUGGCCACGCAGCUGGAGGCAGCCAGGCUGCUGACCUACAACGCGGCGCGGCUGGCGGAGGCGGGCAGGCCGGCCAUCAAGGAGGCCAGCAUGGCCAAGUACUUCACUGCUGAGGUUGCAACACUGACAACCAGUAAAUGUAUUGAAUGGAUGGGAGGUGUUGGAUUCACCAAAAAUUACCCAAUAGAAAAGUACUACCGUGACUGCAAGAUAGGUACAAUAUAUGAAGGAACUUCAAAUAUCCAGUUGAGCACAAUUGCAAAAUUCUUAGCACAGGAGUACUGAAGCCAUGAGGACUUUCUUGAUGCUACAUAAAAAUCAUUUCCCUUAACACGGAUUGUAAAUGUAUUUGUAAUUACAGAAGGCAUUGAUGGCAUCAUAAAUAAGAAUACACCAUCACAGUGAAAUCACAGGGAAAACCAUGAGUUCCCCAUUUCAGGAGAGGGAGAGAUUCAUGUGAAAUCAUAAUUUCCACAUUCAAAUCUGGACUUCUUUCUGCCUGAGGCCCUUCCAAGCACUGGGUUUAGCUCCCUUAGCUCAUGCCAGCAGUUCAUCUCCACUUGGAGAUUUCAGAGUGAAAACAAAGGAAUCCAAAUCCCUGGCAUUUCUGUUUUUCCACCUGGGAGAAGGGGCUCUCCACGUGCAGCCGAGCUGGUGUGUGGAGUGGAGCUGCACUUGGGGUGUGCUGCUGCAUUAGUAUGGGGUGCAAAGAAAGGGAAGUGGUGCUUUCCUCUCUCCCAGGUGGAGUGAUGUCCAUGGAGCUGCUGUAAUUGGAGUCAUUUUUAUAGCAGCCCUCAGUGUGUUCUUGAGGAUAUCUUUGUAAUUAAGCCCUUGCAGCCCCAAUUUGUACUCCUGAAAGGUGGAUAAUAUCCACCUCCCUUUCCAGCCUUCUCAGCUGUUAAGGGUUUUAAUCUAAGAGCCUAUUUAUAGUUCUCCUUUCAUAAAAGGUUGAGUUGAAAUCUUUCUGAAAUGGGGUUAAAAAAGCUCUAGUAGUUCUGCAAAAGGACAGAUAUAAGCUGGGUAAUGGGAGUGCUGUGAUUCUACCUCCCAGUGGCCUUUCCACUUUCAAUGCAUUUUACAAACUUUAAAGGGAGGCACUGUUAAUUUCCAGCCUAGAAUUCCUUGCUCCUGGAAGUUAGUGGUUCUCUAGCACAGUUUUUCCCUUUUUUAAGAGAGAAAAAAGGGCAGGGGGCUGGGAAGUAUUUGCUUUUUUAUUUAUCUCUGUUUACUCUAAAAUUAGACAUUUUAUUUACAGCAGAAACCUCUUCAGUGCUGGAGAGCUAAUUAACUAAUAAUCAAGAGACAGGAAGCUUAAUAUAUGAAAAAUCAUCCUAAUUGCUGUAAUUGGCAAUCUGUUUCAAGUGUUUUGGGGAGGGAAGGAUUGGUUUUCUGGUUUUGGCUGACUUAGAGGAAUCUCAUUUUUAAAGCUUGCCUUUCACUGAUGAUUCACUCUGAGUGGAGCUUAGAACAUUACAGGCUGAGACUCCCAGAGGAUUUCCUAGCAAAGCCAGGGCAAGUGACACUUAACAAGUGGGAUUUGUAAAACAAGCAGUGCCUUAGACAAAGAAACAAGCAAGGAUGAAAAGCACUAUUAAAAAGUUCUCUGACUUCAAAGGGAAGUAACUGCUUUAGUGAAUUAAUCCCUCUAUGUACACGCUUUGCCUGGUAAUGGGCAAAGAAUUAUUGUGGUGAUUAUCCUUGUGCCAAUAAAAAAGCCCCUCCCUUAUCAGUUUGAUCAAGAGCUUUGAGAUUUACAAAAAUACAAGAGUAGGCUAGAUGGUUUCUGAAGUUUUCUUCUAGCAAUAUUAUUAUUAAUCAUUAUUAUUAUUAUUAUUAUUAUUAUUAUUAUUAUUAUUAUUAUUAUUAUUAUUAUUAUUAUUAAUGCAUUUCAGAUUUACUUGCAGACUUUCAGCUGAAUUGAAACAGCUGGGGAAAUUUAGAUUAGAAUCAAGACUAGUCUUAAUUCUUAUUUUGAUUAGAAUUAAGACUAGAAUUAAGACUACAGACACCACAACAUUUAACUGCAGUUAUUCUGCUCCACACAGUUUAUGUGUGAAUCUAAAAUAAUCAAAACCACACUGCCAGAUGCUUGAUUUAAUGCUGAUUACUGUGCUGAGCUGUGCCAAGGUGAGGCAGCCCUUGGCUGCUGAGGUUUAAUCUGCUUUGCUCACAUGAGUGUCCACACAAAACAGGGUUUGGUUUUUGCUGUGAUCUCCUGGUUUGAGACACUCUCAGCUUGGCAUCUGCAGUUUUGUGUGAGACUGAGGACUGGCAAUACUUAACUGAUUCAAUACAGUGCCAGAAACAAACCCUUUGUGGGGGAAAGUGCAGAGCUCUUUGAAGGACUGUUAAGGGCUGGAUAUCCAGGAUUAUGUAAAAAGACUCUCUUUGUGUAGAACUGUGUCAGGUAUCCAUUUGAAAAAAUAACCAGGGGAAAAUGAGAUUUAAUGGGAUUCCUCACAGUCUGAUGUGGGAUGCCUGAGUCCAGCAAACAACCUGAACAUCCUCAGCAGCAAUUCAACAGUUGCUGAUGAGCUUUUUUUUCUCAAUAAAGCAAGGUCAAGCCUUUAACUAAUGUUACAGCUGUAAAUAUUUCAUGUCUUUGUUAUGUAUGCUGUAUUUUGUACACAGUUUUGAAAGAAAUAAAUAAUGUAUUGUAUUUAUAUACAAAA